AUGAUGUCGCGGAAUAUUAGCAAUGAUGUCCAUGAGACUCCGUUUUCCGUCUUUUUAUGGGGCGGGAAGGAGAAGUUCGAGGAGCGCAAAAAGCUGCUGAAGGCUCUUACAUCGAACCCCGUUUUCUCCAAGACUGAUGUGACAAUUCCGUCGCUGUCUCGGAAAGACGCAUGGAGGAGAGCUCUAAGUCAGGCUCGCGAGUUGAUAACGCUGAAGCAUAGGGAAAAAUGGACAGGCAGCCAAUUCCGCGAUGCGGUACGGAUGCUUGACUACUUCGUCCCAGUGCAACCUCAGUUCAGAAUCUUUCUUUCGAAUCUUGAACGCCAAAUGACGGACGAGCAAAAGGCAAUUUGGAUCCCAAAGGCAGAAAGGUUCGAGAUCUUGGGAUCGUAUGCCCAAACGGAACUUGGCCAUGGCUCAAACCUAAGAGGGCUUGAAACAACUGCUACUUUUGAUAAAGCAACGGACGAGUUCAUAAUAAACUCGCCGGCCGUGAGCAGCACCAAAUAUUGGAUUGGAGCAACGGGAAUCUGGGCUACUCAUUCCAUUGUUGUCGCCCGUCUCAUCAUUGAUGGGAAGGAAUACGGAAAUCAUCUUUUCCUCACUCAGCUUCGCGACCUGGAAACGCAGGAAUUGAUGCCAGGGGUAGAAAUUUACGAACUGGGGCCUAAGGUAUUCCAGGGCAUGGUUGGGGUGGAUAAUGGUGCCAUGCAGUUCCACAAUGUCAGAAUCCCUCGAUCUCAAAUGCUGGCGCGGAAUGCUCAGGUUUUGCGAGAUGGGACAUACGUUCCACCAAAGAAUACAAAACAUUCAUAUGGCUCCAUGAUCACCGUGCGGGCUAUUAUGGCUGAGAUUACCGGAUACGAUUUAUUGAAGGCUGUCGCAGUAGCCUAUCACUAUACGACCUUCCGAAAGCAAUUCUGGAUCGAAGGGCAGAAAGAGGAGAAUAUGGUAUUCAACUAUGCCAGCGUCAAAUAUCGACUUCUUCCACUCCUUGCGAAGGGGACGGCGCUUGUCCUCGUUGGACAAAACAUCAAACGUGCUUUCGAUGAGUACUCGGAGGUCGUCAUCAAAACGGGCAACACGUCCCAACUUGAAGAUCUUCAUCUGCAAACCGUAGGCGCAAAAGUUUACUCGACUGACAUCACUGCGAAUGGAGUUGAAAUUUGUAGAAUUGCAUGCGGAGGCCACGGAUAUAGUGCUUUGUCUGGUUUUGGUCAGAUGUAUGCUCACACCGUCAAUGCAGUUACAUAUGAAGGUGACAACUAUGUAAUUGCCCAGCAAGUUCCGCGAGCCAUCAAUAAACACUAUAAAGCAAAAACCGAGCACACAGUUCCCAGCCUGUCCUAUCUAAGCUUCCUCAGAAAGCCUGAGAGCGGCAUCAAGCUCUCCGUAUCUUCGGAGUCCGACUGGUUCAAGACUGAAGCCCAACAAUGGGUUCUCGAGCGCCGCCUAGCAACCCUGGUAAAGACUCAUAUGGAAGCUAGCGAAGCAGGCAAAGACACCAGCUUCGCCGUUCACGAACUCACCAUGGCCCAUUGCGAUUUCGUCUAUUGGAGGGGAUUCUGGGAGGUGAUUAAAGAGGCUUCUGGCACCGAGUUUAUUCAACAAUUGGAGGCUCUUGCACAAGUGUUCUCUCUUUCAAUCCUCCAAUCGGCACACAAAGAUAUAUACGCUCCUUACGCCCUGACAGAGUCUCAACGCAAAACUCUUUCGUCUGCUUAUGACAGGGCAAUCGACACCUUAUCUGGGUAUGCAAAGUCUAUCAUUGAUGCGUACGGUUUUACGGAAUUUGAAAUGGAUAGCGCAUUGGCCAGAGCGGAUAUGGACCCGUAUGAAGCGCUCUUUGCUGGAGCAAAAAAUAGUGAAAUGAAUAACAUGAGGGAUAUCUGGCCCACUAUUGUGGAUGCGAGGAGAAUAUGGGGGAGGUUGGACGCUCAAAAGAAGGAGAAUGCAAAGUUGUAA